AUGCUCAAAUCUCAGGUAGCAGGUGCAGCUUAUAUGAACUUUCCCCUGCAGUUUCAAGACACGGGCUCACAGAAUGAUCCUGACCCCCUCACUAAGUCAGAAUCGAAUAGAAUUGGCUCUUCUACCGUCAACUUUGUCAACUUCAAUCAAGACGCAUCAUGUAUCGCAGUUGGUCUUAACAAUGGGUAUCGAAUAUACUCUUGCAGACCUUCAUUUUCCAAGUGCUACCUGAUCAAGAAGGAAGUAUCAAUUGGACUUGUGGAGAUGCUAUAUUGUACUUCACUUCUUGCCAUUGUUGCUCUGGGAGAGGAGCCUGGCUCUCUGCCACGUAAAUUGAAGGUUGUCAAUACCAAAAGACAAACAGCAAUUUGCGAUCUAAUUUUUCCUACAUCUGUAUUACUGGUCAAACUUAGCAAAUGCAGAAUGGUGGUUCUAUUGGAAGAGCAAAUCUAUGUUUACGAUAUCGCUACGAUGAAAUUGCUUCACACAAUUGAGACAAGUCCCAAUAGUAACCGAUUAUGUGCUGUAUCGGAUAAUACAGACGACGAAGUUGGUUCCAGCUUUUUGGCUUAUCCGUCGCCGCCGAAAACAAUUGCGCAUGACUCGCUUCUUGUUUCGGGUGUCAACACGAAUGGUGGUCUCAAUUCUGUUCAGAAUAACAUUCAAUCCGUGAGUAAUGCUCCAAACAGAGUGGGUGAUGUUAUAAUUUUUGAUUUGAAGUCAUUGCAACCGCUCGCGGUAAUUGAAGCACACAAAUCAGCCCUAGCUGCCAUGUGCCUCUCUGUCGAUGGGUCCCUUUUGGCGACUGCCUCCGAUAAAGGAACUAUUGUGAGAGUUUUCAAUGUGGAAACGGGUCUUAAACUUUACCAAUUUAGAAGAGGUACUUAUCCUACGAAGAUAUUCUCGCUCAGUUUUAGCAGGGAUAAUAAGUACGUUGUAGCCACGAGUUCCAGUGAAACUGUUCACAUAUUUCGCUUGGGAGAAGAGGAGUUGUUAGCUAACAAACAGAAGCAAAAGAAAGAUUCAAAGAAGAAGACAAAAUUGAAUCCUGAUUAUGGAACGAUUGAAGAAGAAAAUGAAAGCAUUACUGGUGCUCCGCCGAGACUUGAAUUCGAUGAGGAUGAUAUCAUGGAGGAUGAUGGUGACGAUAGUGAUGCUGAGGCGGAAGUAGAUGUUGAAGGCGAUGGUGAUGCGGAAUGUGACGACGGUAGUGUUGAAUUACCUGUCAAACAAAGGAAACUAUCUCAAGGGUCGACCAAUUCAUUUAAGAGUUUUAAUUCGGGUAUAUCUAACGAUGAACUUAAAGAUAAGACUGAACCUGUCAUUGACCAGAACCGAUUGUCGGUUGCCAGGAUCAUUCGUCGGUCAUCUCAAACGCUUGGAAGAAAAGCGGCUCAAAAGAUGGGAGACUUUCUUCCAUCAAGAUUUUCUUCUAUAUUGGAACCGACGAGACAUUUUGCGUCCUUGAAGAUUCAAACAUUGACGAAAGAUGUAAGGUCGAUUGCUAUGAUGAAUAAUGAAACUCAAGAGGAUUUGGUGUCAAUCGGAAGUCUACCACUCAGAGAAAGUGGUUCUGAAAAUAGUUUGCGUCCCAUAUCAUCCCCAAGUUCUCAUCACUCUGCAAAGGAAAUACUUGCGGUCAAUUUGAUUCAUAUCAAUGUUGUCACUUCCGAAGGUUACUAUUAUACUUAUGGUUUGGAUCCGGAAAGAGGAGGGGACUGCAUUUUAUUGCAUCAGUACUCACUUCUAGAUGAUUAA